AUGGUAAUGGCAAAGAUUGAUGCCAAAACCGAUCAACAGUUGGCCAAUGGCUCUUCUUUGAUCCUCGCAAACUCUUGCCUUUUGAUCCGUCGUGUUCCUCGACCGCCUGGAUUACCCAUCGUUAUCGGCGGAGAAGAAAAACCCAAUAUCCAAGCCAACUCACCAUCUGUUGUUGUGAAAGAGGAGCUUCAAGAGCAAGGCUUCGAUUUCGAAGAUUUCGGACUUGAUUUUACUUCUAUUUCCAACAACUCAAUUGCGAAACCAGUUGAUACCCAUUGUAAAGAAACAAAAAUCGACCGUGGGUUUAAAAUUUUAUCUGUUAAAACCUUGGGAAAGUGGCGGCGAAUUCCGCCGCGGAGUUAUGUCUGUCGUCGAUGCAAUGUGGGUGAACAUUAUAUUCACCAUUGCCCAACUAAUUGUGACCCUAAAUUUGACCGUAAAAGGGCUUCCAACACAUCCGAUUCGAGUUCUAAAAGCUCUGGGAUUUCGUACGCUUCGAUUUCAACAACUUCGAGUAGCUGUCAGUCCACGACAGUACCACCCGAACUUCACUGCCCUUUGUGCAAACAAGUAAUGGAAGAUGCUGCUUUGACGAGAAGACGAAUAGUGGCUGAUGAUAUUCUUCCUAAUAUGACUCUUAGAGAUACUAUCAACCGAUUUCUGAAUAAUCAAUCUGGAACUGAAAUUUCGACCACGAAAAGGAAACUCGUUAACGCAGAGAAUGAAUAUGAGGAACAAGGGAAGAAGAGGAAGAAGACAGGGGAGAGACCGAUAAUUAAGGCGGGAUAA